AUGGCUCAUCAAAAUAUUGAUGAUUUACUGAAUGACGAUGAGCUCUUUAGUUUUAUAGACGAUAUAGUUCCCGGUGCUAAUGUGGCUUCAAGCACAGCACCUUCAAACAACAAGACUCUGAACACAACUACGACUACAACAAUGCCCAUGCCAUCAAAUAUGACGAAUAAGAAUAUUGGUGUUACCCAUAAUGUCAUUAUGAAUCAAGCUGCUUUCCGCAGCAUCAAUUCAAGUGGUAGUACUGGUAUCGGUAGCGGUGGUUUAAUGCCUACAGUUAUACGGAACCCUUCUCCUUCUUUCCAACAACCACAGUUACCACAAGUUACAACUCCACCUCGAUUGCCACCCAUUGUCAACACACCUACCAAUAAUAAUUCUACAACAACACCUUGUACACCUUUCUCACAAUCAACCACAGACCAAUUUUUGAACAUGUUAAAAGAUUUUCAAACAAAUCAGAAUCUUCCUCAAAAUCGAGGGAUCACACCACCUCCUCUUCCUUCAUCCCAAUCAAGCAUUACAAAUCCGUACUUUUUACAAAUUGCAAAUCUCAACAAGCAGCAACAAGCAAAGAGUGGUAUGGCAGUGAACAAUCCUCUCAUGUUCAUACAAGCGAGUACACCUCCAUCAAGUAGCAAGAGCUCUUCCACUAAAACCCCUCCCUCAAUACCUCCUCAAGCCAUUAUUGCUCAACUCUCCAAUUCAGCCUCAUCACAGUUUAAGGGAUUUUCCACGGUAAUUGGGGGUUUUUCUAACAACGCAGCAUCUAACAACUCAACAACACCUCUUAAAGGUUCAACAACUCCUCUCAGUACUUCUGUACCAUUUUCACUUGUGGGAAAUACGACACCUCCGUUCAUGCAAACCGGUUCUUCAUCAUCAGUCUCUUCUUCAUCAACUCCACCCAUGAUUCCUCCAAACUUCUUCUCUCAAGUUUCAUUGCCACCACCAGUGAUUACUCCUGUUCUUCCUUCAAGUACAAAGGGCUUGCUUGAGAUCUCUCUGACCAAGCCAGGUAAAAAGUGGCCAAAACUUUUAAGUGAAAUACAACGAGUGGAGGUACAAGCGACCAAUUUCGAACUUUGGAAAAAUUCGACUGCAUCUGACAUUUCUUCAAUUCGAUGCUAUGUUCCUGAUUUUGGAUCCGACUUUGACAGCUUUGAAGAUGACGAUUUUGAUGACGAUGACGAUGAUAUGUUUGUGGAUGGUGAAUAUUUCAAUAAUGUGGACGAAGAAUCGUUUGAUUUAAGCAAAUUUGAAAAAGUGAAAUCGCAAGGCGUGAAAAGAACAAGAUCGGGAGCCUCAAAAUCAUCCAACAAAAAUACACAUAAUUCAUGUGUGUAUUUAUUUUCCGCAAACAGAGAGCUUAUUGGCUACGUCUCAUCUAUGGAAUAUAAUGACUGUCUUGUGCCUCUAUCAAAACACAAAAUUAUCAUGGUCUCAGUCUCUAAUUCCAUUCUCGAGAGUACAGGUCGAUAUGUUAUUACUCUUAAAGUUUUUAUGGUCAAAAAGGCCUUGGUUUCUGAUAAGAAUUUAUUAGAAUCAAGUACGGAUUCCAAUGAAUCAAAUCUAUUUUCAGUCGCAAAUAUUGAACGCAUGUCUGAUGAACAGAUCCAAAUGUAUCAUGUACGAAAGAACUUUCUCAAAAAGCUGUUUGAUUUGUUGGAUAGAAAUUCUGGAGCUUCCAUACCAGUUACUGGCUCAUCUUCAUCUAUUAAUUUAGAGUUACUUGGAAAUAGCACGACAAAUUCCCAAUUUUCAAAAUUAAGAAAAACCGUUGGAUCAGAUGUGUCCUUACACAAGUCGAAGCAAGAGGAGGAAGACGAUCUGGAUGCAUUAGAUGACACUGAUUUGGAUGAGUAUAUCAUCCAAAAGCCAACAUCACAAAUGAAUGCAUCUUCGUCAUCUUUCCAUAACCUUUCUGACAUGGAGGGAGAAGGACUGGAUAAACAACUCGAAGAGCUCUAUGAAGAGAUUGAAAAGGUCAUUGUUGACGAUGAAAAUGCUGUCAAUACUGACGAUAAUUCUGAUGAUGAACCUGAAAUUAGUCAUCAUGCCAUAGAAAUUCCAGAAGACUCUCUGUUGACCUCAGAGCUUAGAAGUUAUCAAAAGACAGCCGUGAAAUGGAUGUUGAAACGUGAGCGUAUCGGAGAGGAUAAAGCCAAGUCAGCACCAAAACUACAUUCCUUGUUCCAAGAACGAAAAUUUCCUGAUGGAACUCCAUUUUACUUUAAUCCACUUCAUGGUGUGAUUACCUUAACCUUUGUGCCAGCACCACCUGAGCCAAAGGGCGGAAUACUUGCCGAUGAAAUGGGUCUCGGAAAAACUGUAGAAGUGAUUGGCCUUAUCGCCUCAAAUAGAAUCAAGGGAAAGAAAACAACACCUACUGUUGUAGGUGACAAGUACUUCUCAAGUGCUACUCUGGUUGUCACACCUCUAACUAUUGUCGAUCAAUGGAAGCAAGAAAUUGAACGUCACACCAACAAUCAACUCUCAGUUUAUGUAUACCAAGGAAAUAGACGUAUUAGAGAUGUUGCAACGUUAUUGAAAUAUGAUGUGAUAAUUACUACAUACAAUACUCUGAGUUAUGAAUACAGUCAAACAUUCAUAACAAAGGAAAGAGCAAAUGCAAAGAAAAAGACAAAAGAUACAGCACCACAGCAACCAAGUCCCAUCUAUAAGAUGAAGUUUUUCCGUGUUGUAUUGGACGAAGCUCACAAUAUCAAGAACAGAAAAUCUCUUCAGUCUAGAGCAACUGCAGCAGUUGAUGCUGAGAGAAGAUGGGCAGUUACCGGUACUCCAAUUCAAAAUCAUAUUGACGAUUUGUACUCACUAUUCCACUUUUUGAAAGUUAAUCCUCAUGGUGAUUGGAGAUGGUGGACCAAAUAUAUCGGAAAGCCAUUCGAAAAGAAGGAUAAGAAGGCUAUUGGGGCUUUACAAUCUGUUAUCAAAAAAUUGGUCAUUCGUAGAACAAAGAACAAGAGAGUGAAUGGAAAACGUAUUGUGGAGCUUCCUAAAAAGCAUGUUGAGACUGUUUCAAUACAGUUUUCACAAGCCGAAAUGACCUUCUACAAAUCUCUGUACGAGUACAGCAAGGGCAAAUUUAACGAAUUUGUGAGAAGCAAUACUGUUCUCAAAAAUUAUGCAAACAUUUUGGAAAUGCUUUUGCACUUGAGACAGGUUUGUAAUCAUCCAGCCCUUAUCAUUACAAGCUUCCAAAAGAAGACUGACAAAUCAACCAUGAACGGAUUUUUGGAAAACUUUGAGCAAAAGAAUGGAUUUGAGGUUUAUGACACUAUUUUGCCAAUGUUACCUCAAGUGUUGAAGCUCAACAAGGAAAAAUUAAAGAUGAGGCAAAAUAAUGAAGGAGAAUCAGUCAUUGCCUCUCAACUAAAGAGCAUCAACGUUAGCAAAUAUAUGAAAGCGAACUGGAGAUCAAGCAGCAAGAUUAACGCUCUCAUUGAAAAAUUACGCUCACAAGAAUACGGUACAAAAUCAGUGGUAUUCUCCCAGUGGACAUCAAUGUUAGAUUUGGUAGAAGUGGCACUCGAAAAGUCAGGUAUUCGUUUUGUAAGAUUGGACGGUAAAAUGCAAAGAAAAGAUCGUGACGAUGCCGUACAAAAGUUCAAACAUGAUAAUACGAUUCAAGUCUGCCUAAUUUCUUUAAAGGUUGGAGGUACUGGACUUAACUUGGUUUGGGCCACCCAUGUCUUUUUACUUGACCCUUGGUGGAAUCCAGCAAUUGAAGAACAAGCUAUUGACAGAGUUCACCGUAUUGGUCAAGAUAAGCCUGUCACCGUUUACCGAUUUGUUGUCAAGGAUUCUGUUGAAGAGCGUAUAUUGAGCUUGCAAAAGAGUAAGACUAAAAUUGCCAACGAUGCUCUUAAUAUUGGAAGUGAUGAUGACGAAGACGAAACUUGUACCACCUAUGGAACGUCUUAUUUGGGCGGAUUUGGUGGAGGAGCUCUUAAAUCUUCGAGAAAAUAUGACUCUGACGAAGAGUUUGAAGAUGACGAUGAUGGCUUUGACGAAGUCACUAUUGACGACCAAUUGGAUGACGAGGAAGAAGUGAGCGGAGGCAUGUUUGGCCAUACCAAGAAAGAUGCUCAAAAACUUCGUCUCAAGGAGCUCACCACAAUUUUUGUCUAA